AUCUUAUUAGCAGAACGAGAUAGACGCGAAGAGACAGUCGUGGUAUUGCAGUGAAGGCGAGACAGUUGUAGUGUUACUGUGCAGUGUGGUGGUGCUGCAGUGCUACCGUUACGCUGGCUGGGGCGUGCGUGGGCGAGGCGUGGCGGCGGGGACAUGUGGAAGCGCCCCAGGAGGAGGUAGUGCAUGAAACAACCAUGGAUCCCUACCCUGGGGGACGCCUCGGUGGCUUCCUUCACCCGAGCCCCGCCCCCGCCCUGCACUUCGACCUAGAGGCGCUGCUCAAAAUAGACGACCUGCGCUCUUGGAUCCAGGACCUCGAGGCUUCCAGGGGUCGUCGCUACCAGACCCUGUACAGUGACUACGACGACUACGACAGCCUGGAGGAGGGUGACAUCACGCAGAAGGGCUACGAGAAGAAGAAGGCGCGCCUGCUGCAGCCCUAUGUCAUCCGGGACCCCAACCAGGCCUCCCACCAGGCGGCGCUGCAGGCACAACACAGCAGCGGUGCCAGCAGCCGCCGCCACCGCAGUGAACAUCGCAGCGUCACUACUCACGAGCGGCGCUACCUCUCAGGUGCUCAAGCCGAGGCCGCCUCCCCCUCCACCCGCUCCCGUCGCCGAGCCCAGCGCCGAGUCACCAGGAAUGAGUCCCGCUACCACUCCGAGGUGCGGCAGGAGGCGGUCAAGGAGGCACUGGCGCAGUACCAGUCACGGCCGAAGAACCUGCCACUGCCCUCCAAGCGGUCCUCGGUGAUGACAGCACGCUCCCCUGACAGGCACCACCGUGACUCAGACUCAGAAGACAGUGAUGAGGAUAGCGUGACAGCCGAGGGCAGCCUGGGGAGCAGUGGAGGUCACAGCGGGUCACAGGGCACACCAGAGGUCACACGCACACCACUCCUACUGCCGCCACCACAGGUGCCCACACAUGGCAGCGGGGGAGGCACGCCUGCCAGCAGCUCUGGCAGCAGUCACCACACCCCGCCUCACCCCAUGCCACCCAAGCAGCAGCAGCCUCUGCCCCCUGUUCCCCCACACAGUUUGAGUAACGGUGGCGAGGAGGAGCGGAGGAGACGAGAGAUGACGGACGUGCCCGACCCAAUGCGCAACAUUACCUCAUUUUCACAGCCGCCGGACGUCACCAACAACACAAGCAGCGGCAAUGCCCGGAUGCCCCGUGAUGACCGCAUCACCCGCUACUCUGGUCCCGCCUCCAGCAGACAGUCCUCCUCUGAUGCCGACUCAGACGGAUGGAGAGACGCUCUCUAUCAUUUUCCAGAAAAUUGGAGAGGAACUGGACGAUGGAAAGUUUCCAACAAGAUACAGCAACUCCUCAACACACUCAAGAGACCAAAAAGACGACCUCUUCCAGAGUUUUACCUCGAUGAUGAAGAAGAUCUGGAAAUUGCUGCAAAUCCCAAAGAUCCAAACGCUCCCAAGCCUGAGGGGAUGGUGAUGACCCCGGCCAGAGGAGAACAGUUGGUGAUCCCUGCUGGCCUCCCUCGGUCCGUGGAGGAUGCAGUGUACCGCUAUGGGUCCUCAUCAGGCUACAAGGCACCUGUGGCCACUGUGCUGGAUGCCAAUGGGAAGCUCUCCGUCUCUCUCACUUACGGUAAAUUGUUAAGCAGAUCACAGAAGAUGGCAUACAACCUGCUGACCCGCCUUGGGGGUCGAGGUGAGGGAACAGUGAUGCCGGGUGACCGUGUGGCACUUGUCUACCCUAACAACGACCCUGUGUCCUUUAUGUGUGCAUUCUACGCAUGUCUGCAGGCCGGGCUGGUCCCUGUUCCCAUUGAAGUCCCACUGUCAAGAAGAGAUGCAGGAUCACAGCAAAUUGGGUUCCUGCUGGGUAGCUGUGGGGUGUCAGUGGCCUUGACCUCUGAGGCAUGCUUCAAGGGCAUCCCCAAGACUAGUGCUGGGGAAGUGGUGUCCUUCAAGGGGUGGCCCAAACUGACCUGGUUCAUCACUGAUCACCUACCCAAGCCUCCCAAGGACUGGCAGACGCCUCCCAGACACUCAGACGACACUGCGGCGUACAUAGAGUACUGCACGGACAAGGAUGGCUCAGUGAAGGGGGUGGUGGUGACACGGACGGCAAUGUUGGCGCACUGCCGCACACUCACCUCUGCCUGCAACUACACUGAGGGGGAGGUGGCUGUCUGCGUCCUCGACUUCAAGAGAGAGGUUGGCUUGUGGCACUCCAUGCUCUGUUCUGUGUUCAACGGCAUGCACGUCAUAUUCAUUCCAUAUUCCGUCAUGAAGGUGAACCCGGCCUCCUGGAUGCACAUGAUUACCAGAUUUAAAGCCAGCAUAGCGAUAGUCAAGUCCCGUGACCUACACUGGGGUCUGCUGGCCACCAAAGAUCACAAGGAUGUGAGUCUUCAGUCGCUACGUCUGCUACUGGUUGCUGACGGAGCCAACCCUUGGUCCCUCUCUUCCUGCGACCAGUUCCUCGCUGUGUUUCAGAGUAAAGGUCUCCGGCCAGAUGCCAUUUGCCCCUGUGCAUCAUCCCCAGAAGCUCUCACCGUCUCUGUCAGGAGGCCGGGCCACGGCGGCGCCAACGCAGUGGGCCGAGGAGUGCUAAGCAUGCAGGGCCUGAGCUAUGGUGUUGUGCGAGUUGACCAGGAGAACUCCCUCACCUCCCUCACACUGCAGGACUGUGGCCAAGUUCUGCCUGGAGCAAUGAUCAUUGUAGUAAAACUGGAAGGUCAGCCAUUCGUGUGCAGGACGGAUGAAGUGGGCGAGAUCUGUGUGGCAGGUGCGGCAAUGGGUGACCAGUACUGGGGACUGCAGGGCAUGACCAACGCCACCUUUCGUGUCCAGCCGCUGCUGCCAGACAACACACCUAUCUCAGACAGUUCCUCCUUCGUGCGAACGGGUCUCCUGGGAUUCCUUGGCCCUGGUGGGCUGGUGUUUGUGUGUGGAUCACGUGACGGCCUCAUGACAGUCACUGGCCGCAAGCACAACACAGACGACAUCAUUGCCACAGUCCUGGCUGUGGAGCCCAUGAAGUUCAUUUACCGAGGACGCAUUGCCGUCUUCUCUCACCGAGUGCUGAGGGAUGAGAGGAUAUGCGUCAUCGCCGAGCAGCGUCCAGACUGUUCUGAAGAAGAGAGCUUCCAGUGGAUGUCAAGGGUCCUUCAAGCAGUGGACAGCAUACACCAAGUAGGGAUAUACUGCUUAGCUCUUGUUCCUCCCAACCAUCUGCCAAAGACACCCUUGGGAGGGAUCCACUUGUCUGAGACACGUAAGAAGUUCCUCGAAGGCUCCCUCCACCCAGCCAACGUGCUCAUGUGCCCCCACACGUGUGUCACCAACCUGCCCAAGCCCCGUGAGGUUCACCACGACGUGGGGCCAGCAAGUGUGAUGGUGGGGAACCUGGUGCAGGGCAACCGGCUAGCCAGUGCUCAGGGCCGGGAAAUGGGCCUCAUGGACAAUGACGACGGCAUGAGACGGCAUCCUCAGUUCAUCGCCGACAUCCUGAAGUGGCGGGCAUCCACCACAGAGAACCAUGAGAUCUUGACACUCCUCAACUCCAAGGGUCAGGUGGCCACCUCACUCACCUGUGCUCAGCUCCACAAGAAGGCAGAGCGAGUGGGCUGCCUCUUGCUGGAGAAGGGUCACAUCAAUACUGGUGACCAUGUAGCUCUCAUUUACCCUCCUGGAGUAGACCUAAUAGCAGCCUUCUACGGGUGCCUGUAUGUUGGUGCUGUGCCAGUGACAAUCCGCCCCCCACAUCCGCAAAACCUACAGUCUACAGUGAACACAGUUAGAACAGUUGUAGAUGUAUCCAAAUCUUCUAUAAUACUGUCUACCUUGUCAGUUAUAAAACUUCUGAAGAGCAAGGAGGAGAAGUUUGACAGUGGCAAGAAGUGGCCUCCAAUCCUCGACACAGACGACCUCCCAAAGAAGCGGCUGCCCUCCAUAUACAAAGCACCAACACCAGAGAUGAUCGCCUACCUGGAUUUCAGUGUCUCCACGACGGGAAUGUUGGCUGGCAUCAAGAUGUCCCACGGUGCAGCAACCUCUCUCUGCCUCAGCAUGAAGGUUGCCUGUGAACUGUACCCUUCCCGAGUGGUGGCCCUUUGCCUGGAUCCUUACUGUGGCCUGGGGCUGGCGCUGUGGGUCCUCUCCUCCAUAUAUUCUGGACACCAGUCCAUUCUCAUUCCUCCUGGUGAGGUUGAGGUGAAUCCCUCCUUAUGGCUCUCCGCUGUCUCACAGUACAAAGUGCGCGACACCUUUUGCUCGUAUGGAGUGAUGGAGCUGUGCACUAAGGGCCUGGGCUCCUCCAUUGCUCUCCUGAAGCAGCGCAGCGUGAACCUGGCAUGUGUCAGGACCUGCGUUGUAGUGGCAGAGGAGCGGCCAAGAGUGCAGCUCACCAACUCCUUCUCCAAACUCUUCAGCGGCCUUGGACUUUCCCCCCGUGCAGUGUCAACUAGCUUUGGCUGUCGAGUCAAUGUGGCCGUGUGUCUGCAGGGCGCAUCCUCCCCCGACCCCACCACUGUGUUUGUUGACCUGCGCUCCCUACGACAUGACCGGGUCACACUGGUGGAGAGGGGCGCCCCCCACUCCAUCUGCAUCAUGGAGUCUGGGAAGUUGCUCCCAGGAGUGAAGGUCGUCAUUGCCAACCCUGACACAAAGGGACAGUGCUCCGACUCCAAUCUUGGGGAAAUCUGGGUCCAGUGCAACCACAACGCCAGCGGCUACUUCACCGUGUACGGUGACGACGGCACCUCCAACGACCACUUCAGCGCCCAGCUAGUGACCGGCAACACUGGGGAGACAUACGCCCGCACCGGCUACCUGGGCUUCCUGCGCCGCACUGAGUCGGUCCAGGCAGAUGGGGAGCUGCAUGAUGCCGUGUUUGUGGUAGGCGCACUGGACGAGACGGUCAUCCUGAGAGGGAUGCGUUACCACCCCAUCGACAUUGAAAUGACAGUCAUGCGGUGCCACAAGAAGAUCUCGGAGUGUGCGGUGUUCAACUGGACCAACUUGCUAGUGGUGGUGGUGGAGCUGGAUGGGGCGGAGUACGAGGCUCUGGACCUGGUGCCGCUGAUCACCUCGUCCGUCCUGGAGGAGCACCAGAUCAUUGUGGGGGUCAUUGUGGUGGUGGACCCCGGGGUGGUGCCCAUCAACUCCCGCGGGGAGAAGCAGCGCAUGCACCUGAGGGACGGCUUCCUGGCCGACCAGCUCGACCCAAUCUAUGUUGCCUACAAUAUGUAAAUAGUGAGCUGUUCUGAGCCGGACAGGAUAAAAGACAUUCAUUUUAUUUAGAUAACUGGAAGUUGCUCCAGGCUGGCAAGGUUCCUAUUGCCAGGAAAAUCGGAAAACAGGGAAAUAGAGAUUUUAUGUUUUAUGAUGACUCAUCGUGAGUGAUUGAAGCGAGUUUUAAAAAUGAAUGAAAGGUUUGCUACAAAUACACAAUGCAUCACAAGAACACUGUGGGUUACCAAGCAUGUAUAGGCAUACACCUUGAAUAACCCAUCAUAUAUAAAGCACACAGUCACUUUUGUAUAAUACAGGGAUGUUAUAUCCAAUAAUUUUUACAUUUAUAUUUGUUGUCAGAUGUAAGAAUGUUUAUUUUUUUUUUUCACCUUUAAAUAAGGAUUUUCUAUUAUUUACAAGUGCCAUGUGCAGCCUUUUACAAUUGCAUUUGUAGUGUGAUAUUUCAGUGAAUAUAUUCAGUCAUGAACUUUGGUAGACAGUUAAUGCUAGAUUGUGAUAGUGUUUGUGAGGUUAUAGAAAAUUUAAUAGACCAUAAAGCUGCUUAGAUAUAAUUGGUAUAGAGAGAAUGAAUGCAUUUCAAGUCAUUUUUUGACCUGAGGAAAUGUUUGCCACUUGAUACAGCCAAACAGUGUGUGUAUAUAGUCAUGUGAUGGCUAAGACUCAGGCCUCUGUACAUAGGGUACAGUAAUGUACCAAUUCCCAUCUUAUUUAGUCCUUAAAAGGAGUUGUUUUUUCAGCAAAUAUGUGACUUUUCUAGCGCAGUAGUGCUGAAAAACCUGCUCACCACCAUUUCUGUACAUUUGUAUAGCCGUAGAUAUGUUUAUCAUAUAGUCUUGGAAGCUUGGCGAACAGGAACUUUGUCCCGCUCAAAGCUCCGAGUGUCGCCAGUCACCUCCGCACCCAUGAGAAGCGUGUCGCAUUAGUGCUUCAGACGAGAAGUAUGUAAAAAAUCCUUUUCAUAACUUGUGUGUAAUGGAAGUAAUUUUAAUUUUAGGCAUUUGAGUGUUAAAUAUAUUGAAACUGUCCUUUGAGGCAUGCAUGAUGUGGAAAGUUCUUUUAAAAUAUGCUGGGGUAAAUACUUUAAAACUACAUGAAUGAGGCAUGAUAGGAACAAUUUUUAUGGGUGAGGAGAAAAUCUAUCUAGCAUAGCCUAGCUGAGACACAGCACACCUUCAAGUGUUGCAGAAUCAUACAGAUUUUAUAUAAAUUUGCAGUAGAGUAAUAUAGUAAGAUCAUAUUUUUUAUUUUAUAAUUCUAAGCAUUUUGCAUAAAACUGAGGCUCAAGCUGGCUAUUGUGACAAUACUUGUGGUCCGUGUGUGGCCCAGGGAGGGCCUCAGUCCUUAUUUUAACUUUGUACAUUGUUUUUACAUUGGAAAUUAAACAAUAAAAGGCAUGUGUGUAUCUAGUUCACUUUGGUUCUUCAGUAUUUCAGUGUGCCUCAUUUCACCGUGCCUCAGCCUGUCACCUUUGUUCAGAUUAUACUUUUUUUUCCAUAACUUUUUUUUUUUAUUAAUUUAAAAAUUAUCUUAAAACUUUGUCCAAAAUAAAAUGUGAAGUAGGAGGAAGUAUUUAUCUAUAUAUAAAUAUAUAAUAUAAGUUUUCAUUUAUAAUGAUCUCUGCUUUUCCAAGUAAGAUAAUGAUACGGAAUCACUUCUGUAGCUGUAUUACUAAGUCAUUCACUUUUGUUUGGAGUCAUAGAUUUGUUGUGUGUACAGUAUAGGUCAGCACUAUUGUUUAUAGCAUUGCCAAUGUAAUGAUUUAACAUUUAAUGACUGUAGAGGUGCAAUGAAAAGUAAUCAAAACAAAAAAUACAAAAAAAAAAAUUUAUAUGUCUGAUUGGAUAAAAGUGUCUCAUGUCUUCAUUUCCUCAAAGGUAACUGAGCAAGGUGAACUUUAAAAAGGGAAAACUUUUACAUACUCAUGUCUAUUAUGGCUUUCUGAAUUGACAGAUUCCAGAGCAGCUACAGGUAUCUUAUGUUUUUGUAUACUGUCUCUUAACAUACAGUACAAGCAAUAAAUGUUGAGAAAAG